ACCAAAUCGUAAAGCUGCGAAGAAUUGCUAUCGACAAUGCAACAUCCACUCUCACUCUCCCGCUUUCCUCGCCACAUCUCCUCCUCCUUCGUUAAAUCUCGCCCUCUCCACAUCCUCUCCUCCGCCCAACCCACCGCCGGUCUAUCCGUCGCCGACCAAUCCCCACCCUCCAACUCACAAAUACUCUCCAUCCGGCACUCCCUCCUAUCCGGCCACUUUACUGCAACUCAACUUGCCGAGUCCUAUCUCAACCGCCUCAAGCUCACUGAGCCCCAACUCAACUCAUUCCUCCAUAUCUCCAACAAUGUUUUGAAAGAGGCACAGGAGAUUGAUGACAAGAUUAAGAAAAAGGAGGAACUGGGUCCACUUGCUGGUGUCCUUGUUGGGGUAAAAGACAACAUUUGCACUGUGGAUAUGCCCUCCACUGGAGGCUCCCGCAUUCUGGAAGGGUAUCGACCGCCAUUUGAUGCCACGGCUGUGAAAAGAGUGAAGGAAUUGGGUGGGAUUGUGGUGGGGAAGACUAACUUGGAUGAAUUUGGGAUGGGAAGUACCACUGAAGCUUCUGCCUUUAAGGUGACUGCAAACCCAUGGGAUUUGUCUCGGGUACCUGGAGGAUCAUCAGGAGGCUCAGCAGCUGCUGUUUCUGCUAGACAAUGUGUGGUAUCACUUGGGAGUGAUACUGGUGGAAGCGUAAGGCAGCCAGCAUCAUUUUGUGGUGUUGUUGGUCUGAAACCAACAUAUGGACAUGAGGGUGUUGACUCUGGAGUAAAAUCAGCUAUCCAUGGUGCUGCAUCUCAUCUAGAACAAUUAGGAUGCACGGUGACAGAGGUGUCCCUACCAUCCUUCUCCCUUGGUUUACCAGCUUACUACAUCAUUGCCUCUUCUGAGUCAUCUUCUAACUUGUCACGUUAUGAUGGUGUCAGGUAUGGAAACCAAGUUUCUGCUGAUGAGCUAAAUUCACUCUAUGAAGAUUCCCGAGCCAAAGGUUUUGGUCCUGAGGUCAAAAUGAGAAUAUUAAUGGGAACAUAUGCCCUUUCAGCUGGUUACUACGAUGCAUAUUACAAGCGUGCCCAACAGGUAAGGACCCUAAUUCGGGAAAGCUUCAAGGCAGCUCUGGAUGAAAAUGACAUUCUGAUUUCACCGGCGGCUCCAUCUGCUGCUUAUAAGAUUGGUAUGAUGCUUACAUCCUCUAUUUUCUUUUUCUUUUUCCUUUUGUCUUUAUCUUUCUUGUGACUUGUGAGGUAAGGGUGAUUGAAAGAAUUCUGGGAUGUGUUAUAAAUAGCUUUGUUUGAUAAGAAUUUUCUUAUUUGUAAGCCAAGGGGCUAAAAACCAUAAGCAAGAAGCUUUUGUGAUCAGGUGAUUGACAUAUACCCUAAAACUCUAGUUUUCAUUGAAACUAGCCCUCUGAAGUCUUCCCUGCAGAGCUACCAAUCUGUACUCCAUGGUGGGUUUGGGUGAGAAAGAGUGGGUAGGGUUUUCCAUUAAUCGUCAUCUUUCACUUUAAUCAAUAAAACAGCAUACAGAUUGGGUUCUUUUUUGGUAGAUGACAUUAAACAAUUUGUUCUGAUGGUCACAGGUGAAAAGACAAACGAUCCACUGGCAAUGUAUGCUGGAGACAUUAUGACUGUCAAUGUUAAUUUGGCAGGGCUACCUGCUUUAGUUUUGCCAUGUGGGUUUGUUGAAGGGGGCACUGAUGGGCUUCCUGUUGGUCUUCAAAUGAUUGGUGCUGCAUUUAAUGAGGAAAAAUUGCUCAAAGUAGGUCAUAUCUUUGAGCAGACUCUUCAAGGUUGCAAAUUCAUUCCUCCAUUAAUUGCAGACAAGAUUGCAGACAGUUACUGAUGAUAGUUGCGAAGAACGCUGAGGCCUAUUACCGUUGUUGCCCAUGAACCUUCCUAUUGGGAAAUUGACAGAGGUUGAUCUACUCAUACUGUGGCUUAACCUAGCCCUUAGGACUUCUCACAACGUUGUUCCCGUGUCUUGGGCAUGUACACAUCACAUUCUUGUUGUCGUUGAGAAUGAUGCAAUUUGGAAUGAAAUAGUCUGUCUCCCCUAAAGUGCUGUGGGCAUGUAUCACUCUAGAAUUCUGUUAUUUCAGUUCCUGAAUGGCCCAAGAAAACAGUCCUGUAUUAAGAUCUGUUUGCAUAUGCUGAUAUACUGAUUACUCAGGCCUGUGGUCCUGUGUAAAAAUUUUUCAUUAGUUUAUUACUUGUUCAUAAAGACUAAAAUGAAAGAAAUGUAAACUA